CCGAUGUCAGACAUGGAACGACUGGAACUUUUUGAAAAACUAGAGAAAGCGGAGGGACGGAUUGUUGCUCUUGAAAAACAGUUGGCAGAUAACGUCAGAAAAUGGGCGAAGGAUAAAGCCGACCUACAGAUGAAACUAAACGAAAGUCAGGUCGCUCAGAGGACAGGAUACAAAAAUUCGUCCACUUCUGUAGAUAUUUUGGACUGGCAUAAUGGACCAAAGCCAAAUUCACCUUCAAGACACUUGGGUCCGCGACGACCGUCACCUAAACUGGAUCCUUUGGAGAGAAGAUAGCAUUUAGAACUUAGACAGUCUUAGCGGAUGAUUUCAUGAUCAGAGGACACUGGGCUCCAGCUAAGCAAAAAUUAUCCCGAACGCAUUGAUCCUUUCUCUCCAGUCAAGAUCUGAAUAUUAAUUUUCCUGACUAAACCAUGCAUUCUUUGUCGAGUAUUCCUCGAAAUUUGUUUUUAUGUCUGGAUAGUAAUCCCCGACUUGAUUUGAGGGCUUUUCAAUUGAGUGUCGUAUAUCAAAAACCAAAGCAAGAAGAACUAUCAAUCAGAAUCAAAGAAACUAUCGCAAAGAGGAGCCAAUGAGUGCUCGAGGCAAAAACAAGCAAACUGCCCGAAGAGCGGGAAAACGCAAGUCACCAAGUUGAGAUUGGUGUUAGUUUUGCAUCUGAUUGGUUGAGAGAAUGGCGCGAGUGAGCUUGACCAAUCACAGAGCGACAGAAGUCGACUUUUGUGCAAGUUCAUAAAUAAAAGGUUUCUGAACACGAUGAAAGAAAACGCCGAGGAGAGAAUAACGAUCGACGAAAUGGUUCUUUCAGGGAACUACAUUCGACGUUGAGCAUAUCCGAUAUUUGAAAGGCGACCUUGGAUCUUCAGAUAGUUAGACUAUGAGAGGAUGUGCAAACUUAUGUAACAUUUUAAUGCUGGGAAGAGAGAUUGAUCUUUCACUUGCUAUGAAAAGAAGGGCAUAAAUACACCUGUGCGAACAUUGAAACGGUCUCAAGGCGGGCCGAUAUCUCGCUUUUAGGCGAAUCUCUUUUGAACCGCUGAGCAGAUCAUAGGUUACAUUUGUAGGCACGGCCUCCUUUUUCAUGGCGUCUUGACAAGUGGA